AUGUUGGAUAUGGGAGAACGGAAAGAGGUGAAAAUGAUUCCUAAAUCAUCGUUCAGUAUAAACAGCCUGGUGCCGGAGGCGGCUCAGAGCGACAACCACCACAGAUCAGCGCUCGACGAAGAGGAGAAGGUCCCCUUGCAGAACCCGGCGCCCGACGCCAAGGCGGAGAACAACAUCUGCUGCAAAAGUGACAGCGCGUCGCACGAGUCGGCGUGCGCGGACGAGAAGGAGAAGCAGCAGCAGCAGCAGCAGCAGCAGCAGGAAGAGAAAAAGGAUUGCGGCAAGGAAGGGGACGCCGGCAAGGACGGGGAGAAGAAAAACGGCAAGUAUGAGAAACCCCCUUUCAGUUACAAUGCGUUGAUCAUGAUGGCCAUUCGGCAGAGUCCGGAGAAGCGGCUCACCCUGAACGGUAUUUAUGAGUUCAUCAUGAAAAAUUUCCCCUACUACCGAGAGAACAAGCAGGGCUGGCAGAAUUCCAUCAGGCAUAACCUCAGUUUAAACAAGUGUUUCGUUAAAGUUCCGCGGCAUUACGAUGACCCCGGUAAGGGCAAUUACUGGAUGCUUGACCCCUCCAGUGACGACGUGUUUAUCGGCGGGACCACGGGCAAACUUCGCAGGAGAUCCACCACGUCUAGGGCCAAGCUGGCGUUUAAGCGCGGCGCCCGCCUUACUUCCACGGGACUCACGUUCAUGGAUAGGGCGAGCUCUUUAUACUGGCCCAUGUCCCCCUUCCUGUCGCUGCACCACCCGAGGGCGAGCGGCGCGUUGAGCUAUAACGGCACCUCCUCGGCUUACCCCAGUCACCCGAUGCCUUACAGUACCAUGUUGACUCAAAACAGUUUGGGGAACAACCACUCCUUCCCCGCCUCGAACGGGCUAAGCGUGGACAGGCUCGUGAACGGGGAGAUUCCGUACGCCACGCACCACCUGACGGCAGCAGCCUUGGCCGCGUCGGUGCCGUGCGGUCUGUCCGUGCCCUGUUCUGGCACGUACUCUUUGAACCCGUGCUCGGUGAACCUGCUUGCCGGACAGACCAGUUACUUUUUCCCGCACGUUCCGCACCCGUCAAUGACUUCUCAGAGCAGCACGUCAAUGACGGCCCGGGCCGCUUCCUCCUCCUCCCCACAGGCGCCGUCAUCUCUCCCCUGUGAAUCUUUAAGACCCUCUCUGCCAAGUUUCUCCUCAGGACUUUCCGGAGGACUUUCCGAUUACUUCACACAUCAGAACCAGGGGUCCGCCUCAAACCCGCUUAUACACUAACAAACAUCCACAAGGAUCAGACUGUAAGUGAACGUUUUACGCGCCAUUUACGUUGUAAUUAUAUAUAAAGGAGAAUGUAAACGAAGAGGAAAAAUGAGAGGCAGCCGAACUCCAGGUAUUUUUUAUUCAGAUUUCCAGUUUCUUUCUAUACACAUAACGUCUAGUGUCGGGGGGUUGUUUAUUAUUCCA